GUUACCGGCAAAAGGUACUUCCGGGUCACGUGGCUUGUCGCUUGUGUUUACACACGUUGUAUGCUUCACAAUGUAUUAUUUAUUUCCUGUUGUGGGUCUGGUGUAGUUCUGUUGCCUGGGCAUGGAUCAGGUUGUUUCUCAGUCCAAAAGUGUCCUUUGCACUUUGACAGAUAGGAAAGAUCAGUCAAAAUAUGUCUGUUUUACACAAAAUAAGGCUGCAGGCAUCAUCCUGGGACUGAGCAAUGGUGAAGCUGUCUGGAAAGCAGACCUGUCUGAAGAAACCCUCUCACUACUUAAGAAGAAAUUAUCACUGAAAUCAACAGAAGACUAUGCCCUGAAAUUAAAGAGUGCGUGCAGGAGCGGCAGUGCGUUUGUCUCCCUGCAGGAGGAUAAGGCUGUGCUUCACCUCAGCUCUGAGCCUACAGACCUCAGUGUAUCUUUCUCCAAGCUAACAGAUCAUGAAGGAAGGACAGAGCUCAAAGAUCUCCUCUUUAAGAUGGCGGACAUCCUAAUGCAACAAGACAGUACAGGAGCCGCAUCUUCAUCAAGUCCUCUUAAAACCCCACAGAAGAAGGGCAUGGGAUUUGAACCCAGGAGACAGCCCAAUGCUCCAACGAUUGCAGUGAAGAAACGCCUUCCAGGGGAUUCACUCAUCAACCCAGGAUCGAAAAGGAAGCGCUCUGCUACAGGAGUGGCUUUUGACGAUGGAGACGAGACAUGAACCUCCUGAUCCUGACGCUAACGUGGCUGCAAAUGUUCCUGUUUUAAUCCAACACAAAUCAAUGCAAUGACUACAACUGGCUGUUUUUAACGACCGAACCAAUUAUCAAGCAUGAUUUUUAAUCUUCAAGCAUGAAUU